GCACAAAUCACUGAGCAUAAAAAAAUGAAAUUUUUGAUUGUUUUCGCUUGCCUAUUGGCCGCUGUCUUCGCCAACGAGGAUGCAAAUAUACUCAAAAAUGAACAAGAAGUUGAGCCUGAUCACUUCCAAUACAUACUCCAACUCGACAAUGGUGUGAGUUUGCAACAACAAGGUCAUUUAGUGGGUGAUGAUGUAUGGAAUGUGGAUGGCAAGUUCGAAUUCAUUUCCCCCGAGGGCGAACACGUUGACUUGGCCUAUACAGCUGAUGAGACUGGUUACCAUCCAGAUCCCAACAACAAAUGGAUCCAUCCUAUCCCUGAACACAUCAUCCGAUCAAUUGAAUACAUUAAGAACCAUCCAAGCAAAGAAUAAACUAUGCAGGAGUAGAUGUGGUUGAAUUUAAAUUGUUGAUUAAAUGCUGAACGCAAAUGCAUAGGUG